CUCAGCCUCCCUCCACUUCUCUUCUCUGCCUUCACAUCUCUGGAGCAGCUUGUGUCCUCGUCUCCCCAGCCGCUGCCUGUCCUCCCAGCCCAGGACCAGCCUGUCCUCCCAGCCCAGGACCAGCCUGUCCUCCCAGCCCAGGACCAGCCUUCCUCCCAGCCCAGGACCAGCCUUCCUCCCAGCCCAGGACCAGCCUGUCCUCCCAGCCCAGGACCAGCCUUCCUCCCAGCCCAGGACCAGCCUUCCUCCCAGCCCAGGACCAGCCUGUCCACCCAGCCCAGGACCAGCCUUCCUCCCAGCCCAGGACCAGCCUUCCUCCUCUCUCCAGAUCUGCCCUUAGCGCGUCGCCAGGAUGCCGUUCGGUGGAGGCAACAAGUGCGGCUGUUGCCAGAAGACAGUGUACUUCGCCGAGGAGAUGCAGUGUGAGGGCAAGAGCUUCCACAAGUCCUGCUUCCUCUGCAUGGCGUGUAAGAAGAACCUGGACAGCACCACUGUGGCCGUGCAUGUGGACGAGAUCUACUGCAAGUCCUGCUACGGAAAGAAGUACGGGCCAAAAGGCUACGGGUUUGGAGGCGGAGCUGGAACACUGAGCAUGGACACAGGAGAAGGACUGGGAAUCAAGCCUGAACAACCUCAAGCCCACCGGCCCACCAACAACCCCAACGCGUCCAAGUUUGCCCAGAGCAGCGGGGGGGCCGAUGUCUGUCCUCGCUGUGGCAAAAGUGUGUACGCAGCAGAGAAGGUGGUCGCGGGAGGAAAUUCGUGGCACAAGAGUUGUUUCCGCUGUGCCAAAUGUGGCAAAGGUCUGGAAUCCACCACCCUGGCAGACAAAGAUGGAGAGAUCUACUGUAAAGCAUGUUACGCCAAGAACUUUGGUCCCAAGGGCUUCGGGUUCGGCCAGGGGGCAGGAGCGCUGGCUCACGCCCAGUAGAGCCUUCCUCUCACACACAGACACCAGGAGGACCGCACUUCCCAGGAUGCACCAGUCCUCCUCCAGCCAACGCUACAGUCUCACACCGCAGCUACAGCCGCAGAGGCGCCACGGCAACAGAGACGGCUCUCGUUGACCUUGUUCGUACCAGCAGCUGUGGCUCAGUGUGGCUUCUCUGCUACAUUCUCUGCUCUCACGACACGCAGCACAGUUCAGAGUGGUCAUUUAGCACCAGACGUGUUUGUGUAGGUCAUGACAAGUGGACCUGUAUAGUAUAAACACUCAGUCAACGUUCGUUGAACACUCCUGGUGUGAAGCGAAUACUUUGAACUGUGCCGCGUUAGCUUCAGCACUGAGGAGACUAACACUGCAUGGCGGGCCGCUAAAACUAAACAAAUAACUGAUAAAUAACUAACUAAUUAUCUUGGUUUGCCAUAUUGACCCGGACUUAACCCGGUACUGUAUUUGUGUUGACAAGUUAAGCUUGAUGUAAAAUGUGACUUGGCUCUUCUUUAAGAUUGUUUUGUUUAGAGAUUUGAAACAGUCAAUGCUGAUAUAGAGACACACCCUGUUUUCACAGAGUUCAGUAUAGAAGUAGAUUUUUUCAGCAGAUGCUUUUAUGCAAAGCGCUGCACUAUUUGUACAUCGAUUUGGAUUAAAAACUCUGCUAAAUGAAUCAAAUGUCAUGUCAAGUCUCCUUGUGUCUUCCUCAUGAACAACAAUAACGGCAACACAGCCUGAG